GAACGCGUUCCUGCGAAAGGACGCGGAGGGUGAGCUGCAGGUGCAGAGGGGACCGCUCACCGCCCGCAAACCGAAAUGAUUACAUUGCCCUUCAUCCCACUUAACACCUCUACUCCGAAAGGGUGAAGUUGCCAGAGAUGACAAGGUGCUCCGUUUGGUGUCAGGAUGCUGGGCUGGGUCCAGAAGGUGCUGCCUCAGCCCCCGGGAACUCCUCAGAAGAUCAAGAUGGAGGAGGAAGAGGAGGAGGAAGAAGCAGAACUGGAGUCGGAGCUGGAGCUGGAACCAGAGCCACUGGAAGAGCCCGUUGAUGAGGAGCCAGUGACUGCGGCUGCCUCGAGUCUUGAGGCCCUCCAGGCUCAGGUUGCCGAGUUUCCUGACGUGAACAGUCCCAGCGGUUGGGUGCUGACUUGGCUCAGGAAGGGCAUGGAGAAGGUGGUACCACAGCCCGCCUGCAGCAGCAGGGCAGCCCCCACCGCUGCCGGCACAGAGGCCCCAGCUCAGGCCGGAGCACAGAUCCUUGGACACUGUGGUACUGGGAACGCAGGAUCUUCAGAUGGACCCAGUGAGGCUCCCAGGGACCAGGACGCCAAGCCCAGCCCAUGGCUACUCCGGUGGCUGGAGCAGAAUCUGGAGAAAGUGCUACCUCAGCCUCCCAAACCCCCCAAGGGCUGGACUGCCGAGCCUGUAGAUGCCGCCUUGGACCCAGAGCCCCCAGAACCCCCGCUGGAGACAGAGCCCACCCCGCAGGUCCCAGAGAGCACCUGCGUGCCCCAUCCUGAGGAGGAGCCGGCUCCAGAGCCCCAGCCCAGCUUCCAGGCCUCCGCCCUGCCACCACCUGGGGACUCCGCCGGGUUGCUGGCAUGGCUCCUGCACAGGCUGGAGAAGGCCCUGCCGCAGCCGGUGCUCCGUGGGAAAACUGGGGAGCAGGAGCCUGGCUUCCCUGAGAUGUGUGACGUGCAGACCAGUAAGUGCCGCAUUGGAGCUGAGGUGCUGCUGGAGAUGGCCAAGCUUCCCCUGGGCUUCCCGAGACUCCCGAUUCCCCUGCAGGAGUCUCACAGGACCUCAGCGCCAGCCCGCAGGAGAUGGAGACGGUUCCAGCUUGCGAGGAGGAGAACAAGGCCGUGGUGGAGAUGCCCAGCCGCAGUGUCCUGCUGGAUAGCUGUUUGCUGGUGCGGGCGAGUGUGGACCAGAGCAGAGGAGGCGGGAAGCCGCCCCCGAAGGCCUCAUUCCAGGAGCUUCCGGAGGAGGCAGAGGCCACCAGCUCAGCAGUCCCCAGGGUCACACCUCUGCCCGCGACCUUCCGGCUCCAGCACCAUGGCAAAGCCAGGCCAGGACAUGGAGCUGAAUCGCCUGGUCCAGGACCAGCCACCUGACCAGGUGGCCCCCAGGCCUGCACCCCCAAACCUGGCAGAGCACCUCCCUAAUGUGCCCAGCUACCGCCCCCCAAUCACCCGCAUCCCUGUCCUCGUCACCCGGAGAACGGCCUUGUCCAAUUCCAGCUUCGCCAAGGAGACCAGGAGUUCCAUCCGUCGCCUAGUGCCUGCCACAAAAGAUCACCCAGAGGUGCAGGUGGAAGACACCGAGGCAAACAGCUGCCCCCUCAUCGUGGAGGAGAAGGCCCCCGAGCAGCUGCCACCUUCGCCUGCCAAAUCCGACACCCUCACGGUCCCUGGCACGGCCCCAGGGGCCCACAGGAAGAAACUGCCCUCUCACGAGGAUGAGGAAGAAGAACUCAAGGCCCUGUCUCCAGCUGAGUCCCCAGUGGUGGCCUGGUCAGACCCCACCACUCCACAGGAGGCCGAUGGCCAGGACCGGGCAGCCUCCACGGCCAGCCAGAAUAGCGCCAUCAUCAACGAUCGGCUCCAGGAGCUGGUAAAGCUCUUCAAGGAGCGGACGGAGAAGGUGAAGGAGAAGCUCAUCGACCCCGAUGUCACCUCCGACGAGGAGAGCCCCAAGCCCUCCCCAGCCAAGAAAGCCCCAGAGCCAGCCCCAGCCGCGAAGCCCCCGGAAGCCGAGCAGGUGGAGGAGGAACACUAUUGUGACAUGCUUUGCUGCAAGUUCAAGCGGCGCCCCUGGAAGAAGUACAAGUUCCCCCAGAGCAUCGAUCCACUGACCAACCUCAUGUACAUCCUGUGGCUGUUCUUCGUGGUGCUGGCCUGGAACUGGAACUGCUGGCUGAUCCCUGUGCGCUGGGCCUUCCCCUACCAGACGCCGGACAACAUCCACCUCUGGCUGCUGAUGGAUUACCUGUGCGACCUCAUCUACCUCCUGGACAUCGUUGUGUUCCAGAUACGCCUGCAGUUCGUCCGAGGGGGCGACAUCAUUAUGGACAAAAAGGAGAUGCGAAAUAACUACCUGAAGUCCCGCCGAUUUAAGAUGGACCUGCUCUGCCUCCUGCCCUUGGACUUCCUCUACUUGAAAUUCGGCCUGAACCCCCUCCUCCGCUUUCCCCGCUGUUUAAAGUACAUGGCCUUCUUCGAGUUUAACAACCGCCUGGAAGCCAUCCUCAGCAAGGCCUACGUGUACAGGGUCAUCAGGACCACGACCUACUUGCUCUACAGCCUGCACGUGAACUCCUGCCUCUACUACUGGGCUUCGGCCUAUCAGGGCAUCGGCUCCACUCACUGGGUUUACGAUGGCGUGGGCAACAGUUACAUUCGCUGCUAUUACUGGGCCGUGAAGACCCUCAUCACCAUCGGGGGGCUGCCCGACCCCCAGACGCUCUUUGAAAUUGUCUUCCAGCUCCUGAAUUACUUCACGGGUGUCUUCGCUUUCUCUGUGAUGAUUGGACAGAUGAGAGACGUGGUCGGGGCGGCCACGGCAGGACAGACCUACUACCGCAGCUGCAUGGACAGCACGGUGAAGUACAUGAACUUCUACAGGAUCCCCAGGUCCGUGCAGAACCGCGUCAAGACCUGGUACGAGUACACCUGGCACUCGCAAGGCAUGCUGGAUGAGUCGGAGCUGAUGGUGCAGCUUCCAGACAAGAUGCGACUGGACCUCGCCAUCGAUGUGAACUACGACAUAGUUAGCAAGGUGGCGCUCUUCCAGGGCUGCGACCGGCAGAUGAUCUUCGACAUGCUGAAGAGGCUCCGCUCGGUGGUGUACCUGCCCAACGACUACGUGUGCAAGAAGGGGGAGAUCGGCAGGGAGAUGUACAUCAUCCAGGCCGGGCAGGUGCAGGUUCUGGGAGGCCCUGACGGGAAGUCUGUGCUGGUGACCCUGAAAGCCGGAUCCGUGUUUGGAGAGAUAAGCUUGCUGGCCAUCGGGGGCGGGAACCGGCGCACGGCCAACGUGGUGGCCCACGGGUUCACCAACCUCUUCAUUCUGGACAAGAAGGACUUGAAUGAAAUUUUGGUGCAUUAUCCUGAAUCUCAGAAGCUACUCCGGAAGAAGGCCAGGCGCAUGCUGAGAAACAACAACAGGCCCAAGGAGGAGAAGAGUGUGCUCAUCCUGCCCCCGCGGGCGGGGACCCCGAAGCUCUUCAACGCGGCCCUGGCUGCGGCGGGGAAGAUGGGAGGCAAGGGAGCCAAAGGGGGCAAGCUGGCCCACCUCCGGGCCCGGCUCAAGGAGCUGGCUGCGCUGGAGGCUGCGGCCAGGCAGCAGCAGCUGCUGGAGCAGGCCAAGAACGCACAAGAAGCCACCGGAGAGGCGGGCGGGGCAGGCUCUGCGGCUCAGGACCAGACCUCCGCCCCCUCAGCCGCCUCUGCGCCCUCGGCCCCUGGCCAGCCUGCGCCCCAGGAGCCCCCGGCACCGGGCUCUCCGCCGCUUGCUUCCCCCAAGAAGCCCGAGGCAGGCGGGGAGGGAGCGGCCGGGCCCGAGGAGCACUCGUUGCGGAUCAGCAUGAGCCCUGGGCCCGAUCCAGGCGAGCAGACCCUGUCGGUGGAGAUGCCCGAGGAGAAGAAGGAGGCGGCGGAGUGAGGGCCGCCAGCGCGCCAUCCGCCAGGUGCCCCCGCCCGCUCACUGCGCCCUGCGCCCUGGCUCUGCGCGCUCCGCAAGGACGCCUUUCCGCGUUAGUGGCCUCAGUAGAGCCAACCUUCCUGUUUCUAUGACACCUCCUGAUGGGCUUGGCCUUGAAAUCGACAAAUUUCAUGGAAUGUCGGUGUCCCUAAGCUCCCGCAGUCCCUGGGGAACCCUGUCUGCUCCGGGUGGUUCGUAUUUUAAAGAACAAAAUCACUGUCCGCUUUUAAAGUUCAUCUGCAGGGGAUCGAGUGAGGCUCCGAGACCUCAGGAAGCUCUGGGAGAAAUCAGGUUUGGAGGGGGGAGGGCUUCUCCGCAGGGAUUCAGCCCCUUAAGUGGAGGGUAAGAAACAAUUUUAGGUUAGGGGGCGGGCAGCCUGCUGUCCUUGGCGAUUCUGGUCGGAACAGGGAAUGCCGUUUUUCUUGGCUAGGCAGUUAAAGGACAUUAAGGGACGUGAGGCUCAUUAGGCUGGCCCUGCUUAGAUUCCCUGGACUGCAUCCAAUUGCCUGUCUGACGCCUUUAUGUCGGAGUAGAUAAAAGGAAAUGGACUUAGUGGAAAUGGACUUAGCUUUCCCAGGUAAAGGGCAGCCCUGUGGGAGCAUCCUCAGCCUGUCAUCCUGAAAACCCCCAUUUCUCACCAGCAGGGAUCAGGCUGCUACUUGUUGUUGACACACUUGCUGUAGAAAUGGUGGCAGCGACUUGGAUUAAUCCUCAAAAAUGAAAUCCCACAGCCCAUGACACCACUUAAAUUCCCUGAAGUCUCUCCGGAUCAUGUCAUGGUUUUAUGAUUAAAGAGAGAGGGAGAGAGAAGGGGUUAUUCAGUCCAUGAAUAUUUAUCAAGAGGAUUUUAUUUGCAUACUGAAUGGCUCUUGGGGGAGCCCAUGAUUAAAAACAAAACCUAGUACUGAACCAGCAACAAUGAACCCAAACGACCUGGAGUUCCAAAAGGCACUGCCCAUUUUUUAUCAAAUGACAGGAGCGUGGUGAGCCGCUCACUGAAGGGACUUCCUGAAGGCUCCAAACUGUAGUGUUUGUCCAUUGACUACAAACAGCACUGUGACAUUUAUAAACAAUUUGGGAGUUCCCAGGUUGGUCUAAGCAUUUCCAAAUCCCAAAGUGAUGAACAGAUUUAUCUAGUUGAUGUCAUAUCACGUGAUCUGGGCAAUCAUUCCAUUGAAUGUCAUUUCACUGGUACAGUCAUUCACGACGUUGAACGUAAGGAUGAUCAGCAUUCUUAUUCUCCUUUUUAAGGGUUUUAUUAAUUUGUUUUAAUAGGUUAAAAACAUUCACAUGGGUACAAAAGGAAACUCAGGAAAAAUUAUCGAUCCUAUCCCUGGCACCCAACCUGCCUGGAACCCGACCUGGAAGCAACCACUCUUAGCAGCUCCCUGGGUAUCCCCUCAGAGAUAUUUUAUGCUUAUGCAAGGAACUAUGUAUAUUCAUUCUUAUUCCCUUUGUUUUCUUAUUUUUCUUUUUUGUUUUGUUUUGUUUGAGAUCUUGCUCUGUUACCCAGGCUGGCCUCAAACUCCUGGGCUCAAGCAGUCCUCCUGCCUUAGCCUCCCAAGUAACUGGGACUACAGGCAUGUGCCACCAUGUCCUGCUCCUCCCUGUUCCUCCCCGUUCCUCCCCCUCCCCCUCCUUCUUGAGUGGUGACACAUUCGAGGCCCACUCUUAUUUUCCAUCCAUUCCAUUUAUCCUGGAGAUUGUUCCCUUUCAGUGCAUAAAGAACAUGUUCAUUUUUUCGUGGUGGGUGUGUCAUGGCGUUCAAACCACUUUCCAUCGAUGGCCAUUUGUAUUUCCAAUCCUAUGCUGUUAAAAAUAAUGUGCUAUCCAGUGGUCUUGUACAGGGGCUGCAGGUCUAGCUGCAGCCUUGCUCGCCUGGUGUGAGCAAGGCCUGGGUUCCAUCCCUGCACUGGAAAAAAUCUCAUUGCUCUGUUAUUAUUUUUAAAUGGGGGCCAUCUGGGAGUUUAGGCAAAUGUUUUCCCUUACCCGACUUAUCAUUCCCAUAGUUUACACCACAUAGUCUAAGACCCCAGCAUAGAGAAUGCUUCUACUCUUAGCAAGCAUUUCGGAUUUUCACAUAAGGUAAGCCUCCCGUAAAUGGCAAAAUGCUUCAAUGGCAUCUUCACUGUGAGAUCCUAUUUUAUAAGGAAUGCAUUUUUAUGUGAAUGUUCUUAUUGCUUUAGAUGUCGAUCCUUGAAUGUCUACUGCUUAUUAUGUAAAACAAGAGAUUCUAACCAAUCUCAAGAAUUGCCCUGGAAAGAAAUUGAUUUGGAAGUGAGAUGAACAGUGUCUUAAUUUCACUGAGCUAUCUCAUUCAAUUCAAUACUUUCCCCAAACCUGGAUGUGCAGUCAAUUGAGUUGGAGAUGGGUAUUAUUCUCCAAAUUGAAGUGGACUAUUGGUUGCUGAGAUAUGAAUGGGACAGCUCAGAAACACUGUGAUUCUACAGCAGAGGAAUUCUAGGACCUUUAUCUAUGUAUGUUGAAUCUCUACUCAUUUUGAAUGUCUCAAUUUUUCCUGCAUUUUGAUAGAAAAUGAAGAGUAAGUUAUUUUUUUUUUAACUACAUAAAUAGUUUAAACCAAACCAAGAAGCUGUUUAAAAUUUCAUUAUCACAAUGUCUUUGGCUACCAGGAAUAUUUUAAUCUGUUUUCUUAGUAAACAUGAAGACUUCACAUCCACUCAGGCUUUCAGAUUACAAUGCAUU